AAUUAUUCUAAUUUAUGGUUCAAAGUAAUAGCAAUAUUGGGAAUCCAACAACACAAUUCUAACCUUAAAUGGCGUCAAAUUUAUUUUAAAUAAUUAAAUUAAUUUUAAACUUAAAUAUUAUUAAUAAUUUAAAAUUUUAUUCCAAUAAUUUGACUAAUAUGCAGUCAACCAAAUUCUGCAACUAAUAUUCCUCAAUUAUAUCUAAAUUAACUGGGAUUCCAUUAUCUAAUUUAAAACUAUAAAAUAAUAUUUUCAAAAUGAACCAGGCUAUGGAAGCAUCUGAUAAUAUGUUGGAGGAUUCCACAUAUGUUUCACCAAUUGCUAGGCCCAAAUUGGCUGGAAAAUCACUAAUACGUUCAUUGAAGCUUGUAAAAAGAGCUUUGGCAGUUGAAAAGCUUGCAAAACAGCAGAAAUUGGAGACCAACAGUUCUGAAGACCUGGCACUUACAAGACUUGUAAAACGAGGAGUUUUGGACGUCACAAAGUCACUUCGUAAGGGUUUAACUGGAAUUGUAUUACUCGCUUCUGAUGUUCAUCCUGUGGAUGUAGUCUCACAUGUGCCAGUCCUAUGUGAGGAGCUAUCAAUUUCCUAUGCUUACGUUGCAAGUAAAAGAGUGUUAUCUGAUGUUUGUCACUCUAAAAGGCCAACAUGUGCAGUAUUAGUUGUUAAACCUUUAAAAGAUUUCUCAAACAGGCUUAAAAAGUUACCAGAAUAUGAUAAUAAACUUGAUUAUACCGAACUGUACCAUAAAGUCGAUUCUAAUAUCAGGAAACAUCAUCCUUAUCUUUAAUCUCGUACAUUAACA